AUGAAUACACCACCUUCAACUGUUUCCGACACAGAAAUGAGUGCCAAGAGAACGAAUGCCUCCAUCGGUAGUGGCAUGCCUGAUUCUAAGCGACCACGAACGUCACACAAAGCUCCCGGUGAAGAUACCUCCAUGACCGAAUGCAUAGCACAUAACACAACAACAACAACAACCGAUAUGACUACGAUGGAUACAAGCACACCCACUUCCCCGCACGAUCAAGUGGAAGACGAAGAGGACAAUGGUCUCAUGAUGGCCUUGGAUUCUCCUGAUAUUCAAACGGCACUCGACGCAUGCAAGAUCCUUGUUAUUGGUGCUGGUGGUCUUGGCUGUGAAAUCCUCAAGAAUCUAGCCUUGACAGGCUUCAAGGAGAUCCAUGUCAUCGAUAUGGAUACGAUCGAUCUCAGCAAUCUCAAUCGACAGUUUCUUUUCAGGCAUAAGGAUGUCGGCAAACCAAAGGCUACCGUGGCAGCGGAAUUUGUCAUGCAACGUGUACCUGGCGUCAAAGUGAUACCCUACUAUGGAAAAAUUCAGGACAAGGACGAUGAAUACUAUAGUCAAUUCCAAUUGGUGAUAUGCGGUUUGGAUUCCAUUGAGGCUCGACGGUGGAUCAAUGCAAAGUUGGUCGAUAUGGUGGAUGAUGAGGAUCCCACUUCUCUUAAACCAUUGAUUGAUGGUGGUACAGAAGGCUUCAAGGGUCAGGCUCGUGUGAUAUUGCCGACGAUCAGCUCAUGUUACGAAUGUUCAUUGGAUAUGUUCAACAAGCCUACCACAUUCCCUAUUUGUACAAUUGCCAACACACCUCGUCUCCCCGAACAUUGUAUUGAAUGGGCCUCGGUGCUGGAAUGGCCAAAGGUCUGGGGAAAGGAUGUCAAGUAUGAUACUGAUAACCCUGAACACAUUGGAUGGCUCUACAAUACCGCAUUGGAGCGAGCACAACAAUUCAAGAUCACCGGUGUCACCUAUGCCCUUACACAAGGUGUCGUCAAGAACAUUAUUCCUGCUAUUGCUUCAACCAAUGCCAUCAUUGCUGCAUCAUGCUGUAACGAAGCAUUCAAAAUCGCCACUGGAUCCCCUUUCCUCGACAACUACAUGAUGUAUACAGGCAACGAAGGCAUUUAUACCUACACUUUCCAACACCAAAAGAAGCCCGAAUGCCCCGUUUGCGGCAAGAUUGCAUCGUCGAUCCAAAUUGACAAGACGAUGAAGCUCGAAGAACUUAUAGAACAAGUCAAAGAACGACCCGAUGUCCAACUCAAAAAACCAAGUCUACGCACAUCAUCAAAAUCGCUUUAUAUGCAAGCUCCCCCAGCAUUAGAAACAGCAACCCGACCCAAUCUACAAAAGUCCAUGGAGGAGUUGAUAGAAGAAGGGGAUUAUAUCACUGUGACCGAUAUUGCUUUGCCAGUUAGCAUUCAGCUGAAGGUUUCCUGGAAAUAA